AAACUGCCAAUAUAAAAUCGGGAAAGAUUUAUAGCUGGUAGCGUCUCCAAGGGACAUUAGCAUAGGCAAGACAGAGAGAAGAGAAGCACUAACAAAGAAACUCGGAAGAUGGUGGAUCAAUGGACUGUGACAAAGCCAAGCAGAAGCGACGAGAUUUUGGAUGCCAAUGAUCAGCUCGAAAUCGCCAAAAAAGUGAGAGCUCAAUUCGAUUCUAUUGCUCCAAAACGACCUGCAAAACCAAAUAGAAGUGAAUCAGACAUAACAACACGAACCCCUCCUCUUUCUGACGCUGACCAACGCGAUAUUCCCGAGCUUGAGAGGCUUCGAUCUCUUCAAUCCCAAUCUAUAUCUCCUAUCGUAUUCUCUAAAGAAGGGGUCAACAUUGAGCAAGAUGAGUUUGUGGAGACGCAGUACUAUAAAGAGUUGGAUUCUAUUGACAAGCAGCACUACACGACAGGGAGUGGAUUCAUAAGGGCUGCGAAAGAAGAAAAUGAAAAUGGAUAUUAUAUUCAAUUGCCAAGAGGUCAUGGGGAUGCUGCUACUCUGGUCUCAGGUUGCAGAAGCAAUCCCGCAACAAACGACUGGACUCCUAGCCCACACGACAGUCAGGGCUUUGUUUCUUGCAAGCCAAAUCGGAGUGAGGGCAUCUAGAACAGCAACACACAGAGAGACAAACUGCAUAGACUUUUGAUUUAAAAUAUUAUUAUUGUAUCUGUAAUAGUAAGUUUGGAUAAGGAUAGGUUUGGUGGAUUUUGCUUAAAUUAUUCUUAUUCUGAAGUGACUUCAUACCAACUAUACAACUUCUGCUACCUCCUACAUUUUUUUUAA